GGCGCCGCAAUGGAGCUGUCGGCGUACGCGCAGGGCGGCUGCCGGCUGCUGGGCGACCCCCGGCGCCUGUCCCGCCGCGCCUACGCCGCGCUGCUCCGCGCCGCCUUCCGAGGCGUGCUGCAGCCCCGCGGCGGCGUGGCCGACCCCGAGCUGAGCGACGUUGACCCCGCGGUGCUGAAGCAGUGCCACGCCGCCGCCGCCGCCUGCAUCCUGGAGGCGGGCAGGCAGAGAGCCGACCGCGCGGCCCUCAGCGCGUGCCUGGAGGAGUGCAAGCUGGACAGGGAGCGGAUCGAGCAGUUCUGCACCGAGUACCAGAAACACCGGGAGGCACUGGAGGAGCUGCUGGGGAGCAUAGGCCGGGCCCCCCCGCACGUGACGGACGUGUCCUGGCACCUGGCGUACCGCAUCCAGACCCACGAGCUGCACCGAGCCUACCAGCCCACCUACCUGCUGACCCUCAGCACCGAGAACAGUGACGCGGGAUCACAGCCAGACCUCAGCUUCAGCUGCACCAUGGAGCAGCUGCAGGAUUUGGUCGGGAAGCUGAAGGACGCUGCCAAGAGCCUGGAGAGAGCCACACAGCUGUGACCGAGGGCGGCCGGGCGCCGCGCGAGAACAUUCCCAAUGGCAAACGCCCUUCAGUGCACAUCUCUGUGCACACAUCCCGACCCAAACCAUUUUGUAAUGAUUUUUAGACGUGAAUUAAGCGAACUGUUUGGAUGCAAUAUGCAGUCGGUAUUCCUCGCUCCUGUUAUAUUUUCUUGAAAAUUAAUUCUUCGGUUAAAUACUGCCUCAACCGCUGUGUCCGCAGAGCAUCCCUCCUCUUUUUUGCUGUGCAUUUUCCUCCGGGUUCCAUUAAAGCCGCGUUUCCCCUCC